AUGGCCUCUUCCGUCGUGCGAGCGAUCCCCGGCGCGUGCCCGGCGGCGUCCAGCCGCCGGUCCAUCGCGUCCGGCCGGCGCCCUUCCCGCGGCGCGUCCGUGGUCAGGAGGUCAUCCGCCGAGCCGGACUGGAAAACAAAGCAGCGAGAGCAGGAUGCGCUCAUCAGCGUCGAGGAGAACAGCGUCAAGGCCAAGGUGGAGGAGAUCCUGGCGCCGAUCCUGGCGGGCGAGGGCGACGCGACCGACGGCGACGACCAGGCCCCCGCGUCCGGCGCGCCCCCCGAGCUCGCGAAGAAGAUCCGCGCGGCGACCCGAUCGCUCGAGUCCGGACUCGUCGAGCGCGAGACGGAGGUGCGAUUGCUCCUCCUCGCCGCGUUUUGCGGCGAGCACCUCCUCCUGCUCGGUCCGCCCGGCACCGCCAAGUCCGAGCUCGGCCGCAGGCUCAGCGCGGUGUGCGGCGGCGCGUCGUUCUUCGAGCGCCUGCUCACCAGGUUCUCCGUUCCGGAGGAGCUCUUCGGCCCCUUGUCCAUGCGCGGUCUCGAGAACGACCAGUACGUCAGGCAGACGGACGGCUACCUCCCCACCGCCACCGUGGCGUUCGUCGACGAGGUCUUCAAGGCCAACUCCGCCAUCCUCAACUCCCUCCUCACCAUCCUCAACGAGAGGCUCUUCGACAACGGCAACGAACGGGUCAAAGUUCCGUUGCUCUGCCUCGUCGGCGCAUCCAACGAACUCCCGGAAUCCGAGGAGCUCGACGCGCUCUACGAUCGAUUCCUCCUGCGAUCGUCCGUGGAGCAGGUCUCCGCCGGGUCCCUCGCGGGUCUCCUCCAGACCCGAGGUCUCUCCGGCGGCGCCCUGCCCACCAAGGAGACCAAGGAUGACGUCACCACCGAGGCAAAACUCUCCCUCUCCGUGAACGAUUUCCAAGGCGUCAGGAGCGCGGCGGAGGCUUCGGUGGACGUCCCGAACUCCGUCGUGGACCUGAUCGUGGACCUCCGCGCGUUCCUUCAGGACAAGUGCGAGCCCCCGGUGUACGUCUCGGACAGGCGCUUGGUCAAGUCGGUUGCCCUCCUGAGGGUGUGCGCGUACACGAACGGGCGUAAAGCGGUGAGCGAAUUCGACUGCCUGCUGCUGGCCAACAUCCUGUGGCAGCGCCCCAGCGAGUGCCAGAUGAUCAGGGACUGGAUCCUCGAGAGGCUGGCGCAGGACAGGGGCGUGGAACAGGUGCAGUACCUCCUCGCGGGGUUGUUCGGCCGCGCGUGCAGGGCGGACGGCGACCCAGAGGAGUGCCGCGCCCUCGCCGCCGAGGCGAGCUCCUUGCGAGAGGUGCUCACGACGCAGAUGCGCUCGCUCGCGGGGGCGACGUCGGGGUCGCUUCCGGCGCUUCGCGAUCACCUGUGGCUGUCGCCGCCGGACGCCGAGCGCGCGGCGCAGACCCUCGGUCCGCUGUUCUCGAAGGUUCGAAGGGGUUUGGAGAAGCUGCUUAGGGAGUGCGUGACGCUGGAGGUUGCGCUCGAGAGGAACACGGAGCCGCACAUCAUGGCGCUGCUGCUGCCGGACUACUGGGCGGACUUCAUCAGGUCCGGGCCCAUCGAGGACGUGAAGCCCCUGGGCGUCGGAAAACCAUGA